UUUUCUCCAAUUAAGCUGCAAGGUUUAGCAGUCUUUCUCUUUUCAAGCCCUUUCUUCGGCUAUCCAAUUGCAGCACUAACUACACCUUUCAACUACUCAAAAUUACACACUGUUUACUAUUUCCAGUUAUCUUUACUUCAUCUUCAUCAGCUGUUGUUGCUGCAGUGUGAGGAUGACUGUAUCUGGACUGACUGGUAGGCCUUCAAGGUGUUGUCUCUGGAUACCUGUGAGUCGGCCGUUGUCAUUUUGUAGGCGAGUUUCAGCUUUUACUUGUGUUGGGGAGCCUAAAGAAAGGAUUAACUUUCUCCGAAUAGAUAGAUCCAAUGUAAAGAAAACUCACUUAAUCAAGUGUGCAAUGGAUGCUUCCUACGGUGGUGACAUGACAAAUAAUCAACCUGUUAUCUUUCCUAGAAUUCAUGUAAGGGACCCAUACAAACGGCUUGGGAUUAGCAGGGAGGCUUCAGAGGAUGAAAUUCAGGGUGCAAGAAACUUCCUUGUAAAUAAAUAUUCUGGGCACAAACCAAGUGUGGACGCAAUUGAGUCUGCCCAUGACAAAAUAAUCAUGCAGAAGUUUUAUGAAAGGAAGAACCCAAAAAUUGACAUUGGGAAAAAGGUUAGGGAAGUAAAGCAGUCCCGUUUUGUGCAGGCUGUCACAAGCAGGUUUCGAACUCCAUCCACAUUCACCAUCGUCAAAACAUCAAUUGCAUUUCUAGUACUUGGAAUUCUUACUGUUCUCUUUCCAACUGAAGAAGGGCCAACCCUCCAGGUAGCCAUUUCCUUGAUGGCUACCAUAUAUUUUAUACACGACCGGCUUAAGAGUAAAGUCCGAGCUUUUCUAUAUAGUGCUGGAGCUUUUAUUUUCUCAUGGCUGUUGGGAACCUUCUUGAUGGUGUCUGUGAUUCCACCGUUGCCAUUUAUUAAAGGACUAAGGAGUUUCGAAGUUACUACUUCAUUGAUUACUUAUGUGCUACUGUGGGUUUCAUCUACCUAUUUGAAGUAGUGUCAUUUUUCUCCUCGUAUAAGUUUCCUUGCAGACCUCAGUUUUGUUGUGAGUGAUCAGUGGUUCAUCAAUCUCACCUUUUCACUUUAAGCCGUGCCAUGUUCCUAACUGUAGCAUUGAUAUUUAUAGUGUGGUAACAUUUUUGUCCCUGAGCCACCUGUUAGGAAGAAAGGGUUUGUGGAAAUGACUCACUUUUUUGAGGAAGAUGUAAAUUAGAUGCAACUAAAAGAUGAGUUUACAUAUUUGUUUUCAUGGU